UCAAUCACUCAAUCCGUGAUUUCCAUAGAAUUUUUUUCCAAAACAGUGUCUUCCCUGUGUUGCUUGCCGGCAACCGUUUUCUAGUUUGCAAUCACGAAGCUUCCACGUUUCACCACCCACCUCAAAAACCUUUAAACCCACCCCAUGUGGUUGCGACAAAAAAGUCUUAAGACUCUUGUAACGCACAAACACCCACUUACCCUAUAAAUAUCUUUCCCAUUUCCAUCAUCAAUCUUACCCUAAUCCACCAAUAAUGAAUCCUAUUCUUCCCUUACUCCUAACUCUUUUACUCUCCCCCUUUUCAACCUUAGCCCAAACCCCCAAUUCAAUUUACCAAUCAUUUCUCCAAUGCCUCCCGUUGAACUCACCCGAGUCUGUAGACGAACUCUCCGCAGUCGUAUACAGCUCGACGGUGAACUCGACCUCAUAUACAACCCUUCUCCAAGACUACAUAAAAAACCAACGGUUUAACAGUUCCUCAACCCCUAAACCGUUGGUUAUUGUAACCCCCGCUACCGAAUCUCAAGUCCAGGCCACGGUUAUCUGCGCCAAGAAAAUCGGGGUCCAGAUUAAGAUUCGGAGCGGGGGUCAUGACUACGAGGGAAUCUCGUACGUCUCGUCCGAACCCAACUUUAUCAUCCUUGACAUGUUCAACUUUAGAAACAUUGAUGUUAAUAUUGAAAACGAGACAGCUGUAGUUGGGGCUGGAGCACAGCUGGGGGAACUGUACUAUCGUAUUUACGAAAAAAGUAAAGUCCACGGGUUCCCCGCAGGUGUCUGUCCGACAGUUGGUGUCGGCGGACAUUUAAGCGGGGGCGGGUACGGUACAAUGCUCCGUAAGUACGGACUGUCUGUUGAUCACGUGAUUGAUUUCCGGAUUGUGGAUAGUAACGGUCGGGUUUUGGAUAGGAAGUCGGGUGGGGAGGAUCUUUACUGGGCGAUACGCGGAGGUGGCGGUGGUAGUUUUGGCGUUAUAUUGUCGUAUACGGUUACGUUAGUUCCUGUGCCUGUGGUGAACACUGUGUUUCGGAUAAUGAAAACGCAGGCGGAAAACGCGGCUGCGCUUGUUUCGAAAUGGCAGGAGGUUAUGCCUAAUAUUGAUGAUGAUUUGUUUAUAAGAAUUUUGUUGCAACCGGUUACGGUUAACAAGAAAAAAACGGGUCGGGCUACGUUUAUUGCUCAUUAUUUGGGUGAUAAGAACAAAUUGGUGGAGUUAAUGGAUAAAAACUUUCCAGAAUUGGGUUUGAAAAGGGAAGAUUGUAUUGAAGUGAGUUGGAUUCAGUCAGUACUCUACUGGGCUAACUUCGAUGUGAACACGACUAAGCCGGAGAUCCUGUUGGAUCGACAUUCGGACAAAGUUAACUUCGGGAAAAGGAAGUCGGAUUAUGUUCAAAAACCGAUUUCAACAUCCGGGAUGACAUCUAUUUUCAACAAGCUUGUUGAAUUGGGUAAAAUUGGGUUCGUGUUUAAUCUUUAUGGUGGAAGGAUGUAUGAGAUUGCGGCGGAUGCAACCCCGUUCCCUCACCGCGCUGGGAAUCUUUUCAAGAUUCAGUAUUCGGUUAAUUGGAACGAUGCGGAUCCGGUAUUGGAAGCGAAUUAUUUGAAUCAGAGUCGGGUGAUGUAUGAGUUUAUGACACCGUUUGUGUCGAAGAAUCCGAGAGGCGCGUUUUUGAAUUACCGGGAUCUUGAUAUCGGCGUGAUGAGCAAGAACAGUUAUAGUGAAGGUGAGGUUUAUGGGGAGAAGUAUUUCAUGGGGAAUUUCGAAAGAUUGGUGAAGAUAAAGACCGCGGUUGAUCCCGAUAACUUCUUCAGAAACGAGCAGAGUAUCCCGACAUCUCCCGGAAAAUCCUCAGCCCCUUCAGGUAGUUACGGUGGGGAUGCGAGAAAGACAACAAACAUUCAACUGUUGUUGCCAUGGUUGUACUUGUACAAGAUCUUCUUGUGAUGAUUUUGAGUGUGUGGCCGCGAUCAUCGUCAUAAAAGUCCUUUUGUUUUGUUUCGUGAUUGUCCAGAUAUGAUUUUAAAGCUGGGGUCUCGGCCUUGCUGGUCUCUGUCAUCAUCUCGGAUAAAAGUAUGGUUUACCACGUCCUCUCGCAUAGGCGUAUAGGGGUGUCUUCCUAGAAGGAGCAACCUCUUUAUAGGAGGGUCUUCCUAGAAGCAGCAACCUCUUUAUCGUCUGGGUGGGUAAGGUUGUUGUUCUUGUUGAUGUUUUGACUUGUGAUUGGUUCGACAAGAAUUUAAGUCACCCGUUGGAUAUUUGCAACUUAUUUGAUUGUAAUAAGUGAUUUAUUUACAGCGCAAAGUUAUUUGAUUGUGACUUUGACCAGUCACCUCUA